CUAUAUAUAAAGGACCAGUGCUUGGGACUAACAUAGUCAACCCUUUACUUUCGACCCGUUCACGCAGCUUUUACUUAAAAUGUGUGCAAUGGAGAAAUCUGCCCGAAUGGCUGUGGUAUUUCUGGCCAUCUCCAUGCUCAUUGCCUGCCAUCGAACAGAGGCAUGGUACAAACAGUCAACUGGUCCAAGCUAUUACUCUGUUGGUAGAGCCUCCGGUUUGCUAUCCGGGAUCCGCAGAUCACCAUACAUCCGCAGGUCCGAACAGGAGUCACCUCUCGAGACCAUCGAAUCCACUGGUAAUAAUGUUACUCCAGAGUUGGUCUACCGACAGACUCCGGUCCUGAAAAAUAUGGCUGUCUGUGUCAAAGACAUCAGUCCGUCUUUACAGAGUUGUGAGCUUAUUCAAGACGGUUCUAAUAUGUUAAGAUGCAAAGCUGAUGUGUCCGUGUCCCUCAACACGCUGGACUGCCUGGACGCGUGAACGUCUGCUUGCCUCAAAAACCCCGAUAUUCUUUCAACGUUUAGAGUAAUUUUAUGGAAACAACAUACGGACUGAUGGCCCUGAAUGUUUUCGCAUUUCACACAAUGUUAAGGUGUUAUAAACUUAAAAUCAAGAGAAAUAAUAAAUGCUGUGAUCAAGAUACGGGAGAUACAACAGGUCUAUUUUGUGAUACAUUCUAAAUGUUGCCACACUUAACACUGACAUAGCCUAGUCAUGUAAUUAGCCUACUAUAAUGUCCUAGUAUUCCUCAAAAAUGAUUUCUUUAUUUUAUUAAAGUGGGACGAUCUUAUCAAAGUGUGUGUAAUGCUGUGUGCAUUUCUGUUUUACCUACCUGUGAUAGACAACAGUCUUUUGAAUUAUUUAAUGCCUAUAGCAGUGUCUUAGUUUUUUCAGUUGCCAAAUAGCCUUCAGAAACCUAGCCUACGUGUCAUUUAAUCUGCUAUGAAGAAUUUUUAAAGAUUGAACCACAUGAAUAAUAAUCACCAAGUAGCCUAUUGUAAAGUUUUACCAUAACUGAUUAUAAUAAGUAGUCCAAGGCCCCUCUGUAAAAACUGGUCUUGGAGGGUGGUGAGAGAAAAAAAACUGUUGCAUAAAA